CCGAAUCCCAAGAACUACUUUUCGAACAGUCGAGUCGAUUCGAGCGCAACGUUCGCGUACCGUGCAUUACAGUGGACGUCAUCUUCGCAGAGCGGUGUAUACUUAUGAUGCCCCCGGGCCCACCCUUACAGUUCACCGAAUCGUCCUAGUGCCGGGACCCGUUUAAUUCAUUCCACCUGUGAUUUCGCGUUAAUUUCGAAGAUGCCCUGUUCAGCUGUUACGUUAAGUUUGGCCACGAUUACCUCCAUCAUCGCCGUGGCUCUUCUCGCCAUCGCCUUCACCACGGAUAAUUGGCUGUACAUCGAAGUAAAGAGGUCACAAAUUCAGAACUACCUGAGCAAACAUUCGGAUGUACAAAGUCAAGCGCUUUUAGAAAAUGUUAAUUCUAAGUACUACUAUUUCACGAGGACUAAAGGAUUGUUUAGGAUAUGUUAUCCGAAGGAGCGACCGCCAACAGUUAAAACGUACUUGAGUCCAUUAGAGACGCAUUGCAACAACAUCAACUACUACAUUCCCGACGAAAACAACGACACCAGGGACUUCACCGAAGACGCUUGGACCAGAUUACAUAUGGGAAGAUCCAUGAUAGCGCUGUUCAUCAUAUCGUUCAUCGCCGUGUUCGCCGCCUUCUGCACCGGCGUGACGGGAUGUUGGAAACGAUCGCCCGGCAACAUCACCGCUACCGCUAUACUCAUGCUGCUAGCUUGUCUUAUGAGUGCCGGGGCAAUGGGUCUCUGGCACGGUGUGGAAUACUACGAAAAGGAGAAGCAAGUGGGCGAAGAAUUUUAUCAACAAUGGAACACGAUCCUCCAGGAAAACACCGACGUCUAUUACGAUUGGAGCUUCAUACUGAGCUGGUUGGGCGUGUUUAGCGCCUUGGGCGCAUCGCUGCUCUUCUUCUUCGCCUCCUGUUGUCUGGGCAACGAAAAGGAGAAGGAAGACCUCAACAAUAUUCAGUACCUCAUGCCAGUUUAUCCACAGAAGCAGCAAUACGCUUAUGGGGGCUAUCCAGUGCCGCAGCCCUACGCGGGGCCUUACUACACAACGGGAUCUGCCUAUGGGCCGUACAACUACUAAGAAGUAGGACGAAAACGACUCGAAGAGACUGCAUUUUCAAUUACCUGUUGCUGUUGAAUGAUUUUAAUAAUUUAUAAUCAAUUGUUCCCAACCACUAUUAAUGAAAAAAAUGGAAAAAUGCUCAGGGUAAAAAAUAUUUUUACCACUUAGGUGAUUUUUUUAAUAGUUAUUUGUAUGUUUUAUUGAAGUAAUUAAGUUUAAAAACGUACAAAUUAAAUUACUUAUUAAGAUAUUUCGGUUUUUUUGGUAGGUAAUUGUCAAUAUUAAUUUAUUGCCAAUUUUCGUUUACUGUAAGUUUAGAAAAACUUGUAAAUACUUUAUAGGAUAAAUUAAGUAUGAUUUAAUUGCAUUAUGUAUAAAAAGCGACGUUAGAGGUAAAAACAACGAACAAUUUUAAUAUUAACAGUUAUUUAUAUUGAUAUUUUUGUUUUUGUAUUUUUUACAUAUAAUUAUUUUUAACUCUGUAUAAGUAAGGUACCUUAUAUUAAAAUAAAUAUUUAUGCCAUCUUUU